AUGUAUUUAUUUGAUCCAACCGCAGACGCAGCUGCAGGAUUUAGUUUGGAGAUGGCCUUCCCUCAACAUGCUUUUAUGUUCCAACAACGUCAUGAGGACAAUAGCCAUGAUCAACUCCCCUCUUGUCCUCCUCCUCAUCUCUUCAAUGGAGGAGGAAACUACAUGAUGAACAGAUCUAUGUCGUUAAUGAACGUGCAAGAGGAUCAUCAUCAAUCAGUUGAUCAUGAGGAGAAUUUAUCAGACGAUGGGGAACAUAUGAUGCUUGGGGAGAAGAAGAAGAGGCUACAAUUAGAGCAAGUUAAGGUAUUAGAGAAGAGCUUUGAGCUAGGGAAUAAGCUGGAGCCAGAGAGGAAGAUACAAUUAGCUAAAGCAUUGGGGAUGCAACCGAGGCAGAUAGCGAUCUGGUUCCAAAACAGGAGAGCUAGGUGGAAGACUAGACAACUCGAGAGAGAGUUUGAGUCCCUUAUAUCCGACAAUGAUUCUCUUCUUGCCCACAAGAAGAAACUUCUUGCUGAGGUAAUGUCAUUAAAGAACAAUGAUUGUAAUGAAGGAAGCAUAAUAAAGAGAGAAGCAGAAGCUUCAUGGAGCAAUAAUGGAAGCAUUGAGAAUAGCUCAGACAUAAAUCUGGAGAUACCCAGAGAGACCACUACAACACAUGUGAGCACGAUCAAAGACCUUUUCCCUUCAUCGAUUCGGGCAUCUACACAUCAUCGUCAGAAUCAUGAAAUGGUUCAAGAAGAGAGCCUUUGUAACAUGUUUAAUGGCAUUGAUGAAACUACGACGGAUGGUUACUGGGCAUGGUCUGAUCCAAACCACAACAACCACCGCCAAUUCAAUUGA